CCCCCCUCACGCUCGCUCCCUCACUCUGCCAGGCCAGUGUGGCGAGCGGCAGCGCACUCACUCACCCACGUACUUACUUACUUACUCGCUCAGUCACUCCAGGAAUGUUCUGAACAUGGCUGCCGGCAUGAAAGCGCACAAGAGCGGGCUGCUGGAGCUCCGGACCACCGCUGACCGCUGGGUGCGGGUUCUCGCCAGCCUCAGCGAAGAGACUCUAACGGUGAGUCCGGAGAAAGGCACUACAGAACCGCCGGUGAGCAGCAGCAGCAGCGGCAGUCCCGCCGCAACAGCGGGGACAGUGAACGGGGAAGCUGCACACUCGGGCUCGAGCUCUCCGAUCCCCGACUCGAUAGCCAACUCCAAGCGCACCGUGAGAGUCGUCAAGCAGGAUGUCGGAGGGCUGGGAAUCAGCAUUAAAGGUGGAAAGGAAAACAAGAUGCCCAUUCUGAUUUCGAAGAUUUUCAAAGGCCUAGCUGCAGAUCAGACAGAAGCUCUUUAUGUUGGUGAUGCCAUCCUUUCAGUAAAUGGACACGACCUAAGAGAUGCCACACAUGAUGAUGCAGUGCAGGCACUGAAGAAAACUGGCAAAGAGGUUAUCUUAGAAGUGAAGUACAUUAAAGAAAUGUCUUCAUAUUUCAAGAAUGCUUCACCUGGUGCCACAGUUCCCUGGGAUUCUCCGCCUUCAUCUCCCCAGAAACAGAGGGACCCCGCGUCCCCCACUCAAGGCAUGGGGGAGCUCAAAGACGGAAAAGCCAUUCAGCUAAAGAUGUGCCAAGUUUUCAGGAAGGCCUGUGCACCAGACACAGACAACAGGUACAUUGAAGUUAUUUCAGCUGAUCGCAAGUCAACCUUCUUCUUGCGGGCUAAAGAUUCAGCUAUGGCUCAGUCGUGGUACACAGCUAUUCAAGCAAAUGCCAGUGCCCUUCUCCCCCGCGUUAUAGAGGAACUGAAAAGUCUACAAGUGAACACAGAAGGAAAAGGAAUCAAACACAUUGGGUGGCUAAUUGAAAAGCCCUCUCACGGUGAGGAGAAGUCUGUGUUGGCCAUGUUAACGGAGAAGGAUCUGCUUUUUUACCAAAAAUUGCCAGACAGCAAAGAGGCAUUGAACAGCUCAGAGCACAGCCACCCACUAAUAGCCACCAGACUGGUACAUUCUGGGCCUGGCAAGGGCCCUCCUGGACUUGACUCAGAUCUUACAUUUGCGCUACGCUGCGGCACACGGCAGGGGGUGGAGACACACAUAUUCUCAGUGGAUACAGCUAAAGAGCUUUCCAUCUGGACAAGACUGCUGGUGGAUGGAUGUCAUAGUGCUGCUGAACUCAUCCAGGAAGUCACUGCAGCUUGUACCUGGAAUGGAAAAGACUGCAUAUUUGCCAUCCACAUCGACAAGGGCUUCACCCUUUUUACAGAAGACACAGGCCAUAGCAAGUUAGUUCUUUUUCACCAACCAUUUGAGAAGCUAAAGAUGUCUUCGGAUGAUGGAAUUCGUAUGAUGUACCUUGACUUUGGUGGCCCGGAGGGAGAAAUUCAACUAGACCUUCAUUCCUGCCCUAAAACCAUUGUCUUCAUCAUUCACUCAUUCCUGUCUGCCAAAGUGACGAGACUAGGCCUGCUUGCUUAGGAGCUUCACAGCGGAGGAACAUCUGAAAGCAUGCCCACCUCAGAGUGAAGCCCGUCUCAUGGGAAGCCUAGGAAUGGACUAAUACUAUGGAAAAGCCUUAAUUCACACGGUGCCUUUGAAUUGAUAUUUUCCACUGACUAAAUGGAUUGCAUACAACACAUGGAUAUGCAGUUUUUCCAGCUUCUAGAAUGAGGCGGGUAACACAGCUUUUCCAUCAAAUGUGAGAGAAACAAAAUACCCAAAUGACUGUCUGCCUAAUUAACACUAAAUCAGUGAUCUAAGAAAAUGUGACAUUUCAAAGUGUGCACUCUAGGGUCGCAAAGUGAAAGAGUGAAUUUUUACAUUGUCAAUUGAAUGAUUAUUUUGCUUACUGUUAAAUUCAUUCUGACACGCUAAAGCAAUAUUCAAGACGGUUUAUAAGAGGAAUAUGAGUCCUUUUUUUUUUUUUUUUUCUGAUGUCACUGUAGAGUAAAUUUCUUUGUGAAAAUCUUGAUGUACAGUAUGUGGCUUCUUUCUAAACUCUAGAUGACUGGCACUAAGUAGCCAUUGAUCAUUCACCAUAAACAGAUAUAUUGUACAGAAUAUGCAAACGAUCUGAAGAUUGUGGAUAAUUUACCUCACCACUGGGAGAUUUUAAUUUUCAUUUUUACUCUGAGGAGUAUUUCUAUUUGGUGCUUUGACCUCUGAUAUAAACAUAUGCAGUUUUGUUGUUUCAGUAUUCAGAAUUUAUGCUAUGGAUUAUGCCUAAUCAACCUUUGAAAUUGCAGUGUGAUUUAAAGAUCCAAUAAGAAAUGGCUCAAUAAGACAAACUGGCAGUAGUCUUUUAAAGAUUUCUUUGAGUGGUUAAUUAUCUUUUAACUGUUUGUAGACAUACAGUAAACUCUCUCAUAACAAAGGAAAUGCACAAAAGUCAUAAGAAAUUUGACAAACGAGAGGAGAACAUUCAGUCUGUCAAGCCCCCAUUUGUUUAGCUAAUAUCUUCCAGACAUAAUUAAAAUAUCCCUUUCUCUUUCUAGUUUGUCUAAUAUAAACUUUAAAAUAUAAACGCGUGAACACAUAGUGUACAGCACAACAAUAGCAAUAAUGACAAUCGGGACAUCCAAGCCAACUUCUGAGCCAGUGACACUUGAGCAACUUCCACUGGCAAUGGAGUCACGUGCUGCCAACAUUCAGUUCUUCUCCUUUUUGUUUUUAACAAUGUGAAACAUGUUUUAGUUAAAUAAAUUAAUAAACAAACAUACUCAUAAGUUGGUGUUUUGAUCUGAGAGAGUUUACUAUACACACACACACUAACUCCAUUUAUAAAUGAAUUUCUACUGUAAUUAUUUGUACAAUCUCCUUUCAGCUUGUACUCUUUACUAUGCACGAGAGCCUUUUCUCACUUUAAUUUUGUCUUCUAUGUUCUUAACUGAAAUUUAGUUUGUCAACCGCUGUCCUUGACAAUCAUGUAUAAAAGUGCCUUCCACUACUUUGCACAAAGAAACAAAUCGGCCAAUCACAGCACAGCUUAUGGAGUUUAUAGUUUUAAAAAAAAAAAAAAAAAGAUAUGAUACUACUGGUUAUGAUGAGUUGAUUUAUUUAAAAUAUAUAUUAAUAAUUUAAUCAGAAAUCUGCCUUCAUCCCUGUAACACUAAAAAGCAAAGGAAACAAACUUAGCAGCAUGCUACAUCUUGUUCAGAUUGUCAUUCUGCUUGUCACGUUUUAGCCUUGCCUAUGAUUGUGUUUACAUGUUUAAACUUCUUGGGUAUUUAUAAAGAAUUUUGAAAUCUAAAAUUAUUUUUUGCUUAUAUUUAAUUGAUUUUACAUUCAAGUGUCUCCUGUCCCUUGAAGAUGCAUGAGGAUGUAGUGUCAACCAUGAUUUUAUAAGUGUCUUUGUGAUUUGCCAUUUUUAAGUGUUCUCCCUAUGAGAAACAUACCAUAGUUUUUAGACUGGUGCUAUUUAAUAGUGAAUAUUUUUAAAAAGUGCGUUUCCAUAACAGUUGAGAAAACAAACCUUACCCUUGCUAGUUACGCACUGUGCUUAGAAUACUGGGUAAAAGGCUUCUUCCAGCAGUGUGAUGGCAUUUCCCACCAGCAGAGUGGGAAUGACAAAAUGUCAAAAGUGCACAAUUUCUUGUCUUGCAGUGGGACAGACGGAAAAUACGAGCUUCCAAGUAAGAACACCCUUUGAAAUGGCACCCAGAAAGACACUAAUACCGACAAUUUCUGAGUUGUGGUGUUAUGAUCUUACUUCAUUCAAUUAUAUGAAAGUUAUCCAGAAAUUAUACUUUUGUGAUAAAACUUUUUGUGCAGAUCAUGCCGCAUAUUAUUAUCAACUUAAGAGUUCUUCCAAAACAUCCAUCCAUCCAUUAUCCAACCUGGGUCAUGGGGGGUUUGCUGGAGCCAAUCCCAGCCAACACAAGAAACAAACCCCGGGCAGGGCGCCAGCCCACCGCAGGGCGCACACACUAGGGACAAUUUAGGAUCGCCAAUUCAUCUAACCCGCAUGUCUUUGGACUGUGGGAGGAAACCCAUGCAGACACGGGGAGAACAUGCAAACUCCACACAGGGAGGACCCGGGAAGCGAACCCCAGUCUCCUUACUGUGAGGCAGCAGCGCUACCACUGUGCCACCGUGCCGCCCUCCUUCCAAAACAGUCACCAGAAAUUAAAUGUGAACAGUGAAGUGGGAAGGGAGACGUCACAAGUGGCAUCCUUGAAAAUUGCCAUAGCACACCAACACCUAAUUAGUCAAGGGAAGGUAAGGGAAGACUUUGCCUGUUUAUUAGUGGGAAUAAACACCUGUGACAAUUCAGAAGUAAUAAUAAUAAUUAAUAAAUGUUUUCAUGUGGUAUGUUUCAUGCACUGCAGCACUAAGAGCUUUCGAGUAAGCAAAGCAGAGCAUUACAAAUCCCACCUGACUAACCUCCAUCACUUCCAGCUAUUUACCAAACACAUGCACACACUGACUCGCAUUCAGUUGGUCUGUUGAUUAACUUUUGACUCCCAUGCUCUCUGUUUCCCACUUUAUUUAUUUGUUUGUAAAUUAUUCUUCUUGCAAAUGUGUUUUGUAGUUUUUCUGUAGAUAUUAUUACAUGUCGUUGCUCUUCUGAAGUGUGAAUUCCACAUUUCCGUAAGCCUGUUUCUUUCUGUGUUGACUUUGAGUCAUGUCAUCUCUAGCUGGGUCUGCCUUUGACUUUAGAGAAACAUGGAGCCGUGCUGCUUGAAUGGCCAAGUGACUUUAAAGCACAACAUUGUAGUCCCACCACAGGAUCCCAGGGUUAUGCUGAAGCUGUUUUCUAAACCUGGCAAUCACUUCCACAUGGCAACGAUAAUAGUUUUCCUUUUGAAACUCUCUUUAUGAUGGUGCUAAUAAAAAUGAAAGCUCAUUGGUUGAAUCUGUUACCCGCAAUGUUGUCCAGUUUCCUACCUUGAAUCCAUUGCUGCCAGAAUGGAAUCUUGGCCCCCUGUGUCCGAUUUGAGAAUGAAUAACUGUUGCUUUGUUAGAUAGCUUGGAAACUGUAAAUUACCAUUCAGUGUUUUUGAACAAUUUCUCUUAACUAAGCCAGUCAUUCUUUGACAGAACUCCAAUAAAGGUGUGCUUUACAGUAA